GGGAGCGGCGGGGCCAUGGGCCGGGGGCCGGGGCCGGGCCGGGCCCGGGGGCGGGGACUGGGACCGGGCCCGGGCCCGGGACAGAAACAGGGAGCGGGACAGAGACCGGGACAGGGACCGGCCGCCCCGCGCCGCGUCAGGAAGGAGAAGAUGGACAACAUGAAGCCCAAGCAUCCCGACCAGCAGGAGAUCCCCUUCCGCCUGCGGGAGCUCAUCAAGAGCCGCGAGGCCAUGAAGCGCCCCGACCCCGGGAAGAGGCGGGCGGCAGAGAAGAAGCAGCAGCCCAAGUCAAAGGGCCCCAAGGCCCAGGGAGACAUCCCCGUGCCCAAGUUCAGGAGGGGGAAGGGGGAGUCGGAGCGCUCCUACAUCUGCCGCAUGGAGCAGGAGGUGCAGCGUGUCCUGUUCCUCACCAAGAACCAGCUGCAGCGGGAGCCUGAGAAGGAGGCGACGGCACCGGCAAAGUCCAAGAGAAAGAAAGAGUUUCAGAAUAAGAAGCUGGAAAAAGCUCGGAAGAAGAAGGAGGAGAAGAAAGAGGCCAUGCUAGAGAAGAGCCUGUUCCAAGACACGGUGGCGUUUGGUGAAGUGGUUACACAGCCGCCCACCAUCACCUCGCGGCCCAGGGGCCGGGGUCCCACGGAGCAGGCUGGACGGAAGCAGCUCCUCCUGACAUCUCGCCUGGGCCAGAGCCGGGCGUCCCCAGCGUCCCUGGCAGCACCGGUGUCGAUGGCUCGCCGGCGCAUCGUGGAAGAGGAGAGAGCGCGCGUCAUCCAGGCCUACCGGGACCUCCAGAGGCGCAAACAGCAGCAGCGGGAGGCGGCGCAGGGGAGCACCCAGGCUGGAUGCAGGGUCCCCUGCUGAGCCCAGCCUGGAGGAGCUGGGCCUCCCUGGUCCCAGUGAGGGUGUGCAGGCAACGUGAGAUCCAAGGACUCGAGGGGGACAGUUGUUCUGACCCUGCUUUCCUGCUGCUGUCACCAAGCACGGGGGCUCCCCACAGCCCCCCACACCUCGGCUCGGGGCACCCCACGGCACCGGAGCUGGGAUCCCUGCGGUGCCAUAGACCUGCUUGUAGUAAAAGUCCUGUUGAUGCUGA